ACCCAAGAUUUCAUUCUCGCCUUCGAGAACGAAAUCAAGAAGUUCAUCGAUCCCGCCGAUUUUUAUGAUCCAAUGUGCGCAUCGUUGACUCGUAAUUGGCUUUUGAAGGAGUUGCGCCUCCGUCAGUUGGAUUACAAGUGUUGUGUCGACCCGGUCUUAGAGCCUGACGAUUCGGCGGAUGAAGACUCGGAGGGGGACAGAGAAGAGUUAGCUGGUGAAAAGGAGGACGAUACAAAGACUGAUGAAGAUGAGGGAGGUCCAACUGACCACGAAGACACAGAGGACGACACGGAGACUGAUGAACAAGCAUCGAGUCACUAUGAAAACGAGAAAGACGAUACAAAGACUGACAAAGAAGGCGAUACAACUUAUUACGAAGAUGAAAAAGACGACGGUACAAAGACUGAUGAAGAAGAGCCAACCCACUAUGAAGAUGAGGAGGACGACCCAAAAACUGACGAAGGUGAUCCAACUAACUUUGAAGACGAAGAAGAAGACGACCCAAAGACCGAUGAAGAUCAGGGCGAUGCAAGUCACUAUGAAGACGAAAAGGAUGACGGCAGCAAGACUGAUAAACAGGAGGCCAUUGCUAAUAACCAUCAUGAAGAUGCAAAGGAGGACGAAGAUGAGGGCUAUACAAGCCCCGAUGAUGAAGACGAAACCUCGGUGUUUGGAGACGCCGACAAUGAAUUUGAAGUCGAGCAUGAUGCAGAAGAGGUGGUGGUGGUCAUCUCCGUUUGUUCGGACGAUCCCGUCAGCUUUCAAGCACGACCUACACAAGCGCAAAUGGACAUGAUGACGACGUUGCUUAGCCAACCACCUCAGUGGUGGCUGAGCUAUAGGGACAUUUAAAUGUACUUUUGUUGUGGGUCAAUAUGCAGGAAAUUACUCACAAGCUCCCAUUUCCGAGUUG